AUGUCGUACAACAUACCUCUUCUUCCCGACCUCCUCGCAACCUCCUCAUUUCUCUAUCUCAUCAACGUCGCUGAGACCGUGUUCGCGCGCCUUAUCCACGCAGGGUUGUUGGGUUCCCUCUGCAUUGGAAUCGCAUUCGCCCCACAGGCAGCCCACAUCCUACCUACCGCCAUUCAAGAUGCCUCCACCACUCUCGGCUACAUCGGGCUGCUCGUGAUCGUAUUCGAAGCCGGUCUCACCACAGACAUGACGCUGCUUCGCAAAAACCUCGCGCUCUCCAGUGCAAUCGCGUUGACAGGAACCGCCAUGCCAAUCUUUCUGUCGAUCGUCCUCUUGCAUUACGGAUUCAAGUAUGGGACACUCGAGUCGUUUGCGUCCGGCGCUGCGCUGAGUUCGACGUCGUUGGGCACGACGAUGGCACUGCUAAAACCAGAAUGGCGGGCGACAGUGGCCGGGACGGCGUUGAUGACAGCAGCACUCUUGGACGAUGUAUGCGGCUUGGUCAUUGCGGCCGUGCUAUCCCAACUCGCUGGUGCCAGCGUCGUCAUCCCUUGGUACAUCAUUGCCCGCCCCAUUCUCGUCUCUCUGGCGUUUGCGAUUGGGACGUUCUUUGCUGCUUUGUCGUUAGGCUGCUUAUUCCGGUGGUAUCCAGUGAAGUUGCGGAACAAAUCUCUGCUUUUCAUAAUGAUCGCAUUGCUCACUGGAUAUGUCGCUGGUUCCCACUAUGCAGGCACCAGUGAGCUCUUUGGCGCGUAUCUGGCGGGUGCAUUACUAGCUUACAUCUUUCCGCGAGACGGUAGUCUCAGUGCAUUCGAAACCCACAUCCGACCUAUUCUCCAUGUUUUUCUGUCGCCCGUGUUCUUCGCUUCCAUCGGCAUGGCAUUGCCCAUUCGAGCGCUGGGAUCGAUAAACGGAUCAAACAGAGUCGUUUGGCGCGGACUCGUGUACUCGAUGCUGAUGGGCUUGGCCAAGUUCUGCUCCGCAUUGUGGAUGUUGGUUUGGCGGACCGACGUCCGAUCUGCGGUCCUUGUAGGCUUUGGAAUGAUAGCUCGUGGUGAAGUGGCCCUCAUUGUCACUCAACUUGCCCUUCCUUUGCUGAGCACUGAAGCAUACGCCGUUGUGACGUGGGCGACUCUGCUCAAUACUGCCGGUGGAGCGAUCCUCGUGGGAUGUUUUCUUCGAAGAGUGGCUGAAAUCGAGUGA